AUGCAGGACAGGUUUAUCUUUUCCACUCUUAAGAAAACAAAAUAUAUCUUACGAUUAAGACAAUUUUCUACCAAAGUGCCGAAAACUCCUAUUAUAACGUUAGAAAAAAAGGAAACUGAAAGAACCAAAGUUGAUACAAAUACAAUAGCAUUAUUAGAAAGGCUUUCUUUAGUUAAAUGUGAUACUGAUGAGGGUGUCAAAGUAUUAGAGGAUUCGAUUGCAUUUGCUGAUAAAAUUCUUCAUAUUGAUACUAGUAAUGUGGAGCCCCUUUACACUGUUUUAGAAAACCAAAAUUUAAAUCUACGGGAGGAUAAAAUAACACAAGGGAAUUGUCAGAAGGACAUAUUAAAAAAUGCAACUUUAACUGAAGAUGAUUAUUUUGUAGCUCCACCAGGCAAUAUUCCAUUGCAUGAAGUCCAGAAUAAAAAUGUUGAACCAACAAAAAAUAAUGUGCCAUAUUAUGGUUUUAUCGAACGCCACUCAACUGAAAGUAUAAAAGAAAUAUCAAUAGGACCUAACGAUGAUAAGUUUUAUCCACAAAACACAUUGCAUCUCAAACUUAAAAUUAUUUUACCACAAACUGAAAUUAUGCAAUGUUUCAUACAAUGGCAAAGGUACAGGAAAUAUUGGUGGAGUUCAGUAACAACUACUCCAAGUCUCUUCUCUAUAAAUGAUAUGAAGCAUGAUACUGAUAGCUCCAAUGUUAAUAUCAUAGCCAACUUUGCAUGGGGACAGUAUAUUGUGGAAACCAUUAAUGUCAAUCAUAAUCAUGUAGAUGAAAUAAGUAAUAGUAAUAACAAUGGAAGUGCAUGCCUCACUUGUACAACAGGUUUAGAAACAGCCUUUCUGACACUACUUUUGGAUGGACUUUCUAAUACAACCAAGGAAGAAUAUCUAAGACUUCAUAAUAAAAUGGCCCCAUAUAAAAUAUCCUUUGCAUUAGAUAGUGAAGGUAUGCGAGAAAAUCCAAAUGUUUCGAAUACUUUGAAAGAGCUAUCUACACUUCUCUUUCAUAAAUUAAACAGUAAGAAAAUAUCAGCUUGGCUACCAAGUUUUACACUGCCAUUACAAGUACAGAUAAAAGAAAAUCUGCAUUUAGGUGUGACAUAUACAGCAAUUCUUAGUGAAGACACACUAACAAAUGGAAUAUUUCAUUUACUCAAUAGUAGUACUAUGUUGAAAGAACAAUUACACGUGGCUGAUUUCGAUUCAUAUGCAGCUUUAUUGUGUGGAAAA